AUCCACAUGUGUGUGCGAAAAUAUUUUAAUAAUGACAUAAAUAUUUAAAAAUUAAAAGGGUACAUUACCAUUUCUAAACUAUAUUAUUGAUCCUUCUUUUCCUUUAUUCCCGCGAACGGCGCUGCGGUAUAUCGCACAUCCGGUUGUCGAUCUAUUCGAUUCUCGUUGUUCGCGUCGUUUCUCGUUGGCAAUAUCGGAAAAAAGUGGGUGUUGCUUUCGUCACUCGCUGGUUAUUAGCUUUGCUCCGGGUAUCGCACCAUAUCUUGAAGGGCGGUUACGAGGAAUUGUAGACGGAACUCCAGUCGGGACCAUCCUCGAGGUGUCAUGUAUUGAUUUUGACUCAAUAGGCUAAUUAGCCUUCGUCAAAAUGAUAGGAGGUUUGUUCGUUUACAAUCAUAAGGGAGAGGUGCUGAUCUCUCGAGUGUAUCGGGAUGAUAUUGGCCGGAAUGCAGUGGAUGCAUUUCGCGUGAAUGUCAUCCAUGCACGACAACAAGUACGCUCGCCAGUAACCAACAUUGCCAGAACAUCGUUUUUUCAUAUAAAGCGUGCUAAUAUCUGGUUAGCCGCUGUCACCAAGCAAAAUGUUAAUGCAGCUAUGGUAUUUGAAUUGUUGCUGAAGAUCAUAGAUGUUAUGCAGUCAUACUUUGGCAAGAUAUCAGAGGAGAACAUCAAGAAUAAUUUUGUGCUUAUUUAUGAGCUGCUUGAUGAGAUACUCGACUUUGGAUAUCCACAGAAUUGUGACACAGGAGUGUUGAAAACGUUUAUUACUCAACAAGGAGUAAAGUCAGCCACCAAGGAGGAACAGGCUCAAAUAACAUCACAAGUCACUGGUCAGAUUGGAUGGAGACGAGAGGGCAUUAAGUACAGACGCAAUGAACUCUUCCUAGAUGUGCUUGAAUACGUGAAUUUAUUGAUGAGUCCUCAGGGCCAGGUUCUUAGCGCACACGUUGCCGGAAAGGUCGUAAUGAAAUCCUACUUGUCCGGUAUGCCGGAAUGCAAGUUCGGAAUCAACGACAAGAUCGUGAUGGAAUCUAAGGGCAUGAAAGGAGGCGGCGGACUCGGGGGCGGUGGCGACGAUCCUACAGGAGCCAGAUCCGGCAAACCGGUUGUCGUUAUUGAUGACUGCCAAUUUCAUCAAUGCGUUAAGCUUAGCAAAUUCGAGACCGAACAUUCCAUUAGUUUUAUACCACCGGACGGUGAAUUCGAGUUGAUGAGAUAUCGUACCACGAAGGAUAUAUCAUUGCCCUUCCGCGUGAUACCAUUAGUGCGCGAGGUAGGCCGAACGAAGAUGGAGGUGAAAGCGGUUCUGAAAUCAAACUUCAAGCCGUCAUUGCUAGGGCAGAAAAUCGAGGUCCGCGUCCCGACGCCGUUGAACACCGCCGGCGUGCAGUUAAUAUGUCUAAAGGGUAAGGCAAAGUACAAGGCGUCGGAGAAUGCGAUCGUGUGGAAGAUCAAGCGUAUGGCCGGCAUGAAGGAGACCCAACUGUCCGCCGAGAUCGAUCUGUUGGAGACGGACACAAAGAAGAAGUGGACGAGGCCGCCGAUAUCGAUGAACUUCGAGGUGCCGUUUGCGCCGUCCGGCUUCAAAGUGCGCUACUUGAAAGUAUUCGAGUCCAAAUUGAAUUAUUCCGAUCACGAUGUGAUCAAAUGGGUCCGCUACAUAGGACGCAGCGGGUUGUACGAGACACGCUGUUAAUAACUUUGAAUAAUGUCGAACAGGCAUAAAUAAUUGUAAAGAAGUAAAUCUCAAUAUGGAAAUUGCAACUAAGUAUCGAUAUUGAAUCUUAUUUCAUUGUAGCGCAUAUUCGAAGCGAAACAAUCUGUUUAAAAAAAAGUUUGGAACAGCUAAUCUCGAAUUGUAUACAACACGUAGCGAAAUGACGAAGAAUGUAUCAAUGUAACAAUUAGGAGGAGGAAUUCUGUUAUAUUCGCACAGGAUUAAAACUGUAAGACAUUUUUUUGCAUUGCCUAUUAGGGUAAAAUGUUUAUUUAAAUUGUCUUUAUUUGGCUGUUACUAUAUCAAUUUAAUGUGAAAAUACAUUUUUGAAUUCAAAAUAGAAAUAGAUUCUCUAAAUUGGAAA